AUGUCACAUCAGACGGGCAUUCAAGCGGGCAAUGAUGUGAAGGACGUCUUUGCCAGCGCCAGGAGCGGAGACCAAUAUCGAGUGUUGAAGAUUGUCAUUGAGGAUGAGCAGCUGACUCUGGGCGCCACCAAGAAGGCAUCGAAGAAGUGGGACCAGGAGUAUGACUCCUUAGUGCUGCCCCUCAUCGAGGAUGAUGUCCCCUGCUACAUUCUGUACCGGCUGGAUUCCACAAACAACCAGGGCUACGAGUGGCUCUUCCUGGCCUGGUCGCCGGACCGCUCCGCUGUGCGACAAAAAAUGUUAUAUGCUGCUACCAGAGCCACACUGAAGAAAGAGUUUGGAGGCGGGCACAUCAAGGAUGAGAUAUUCGCAACCGCAAAGGAGGAUUUGAACCUCUCUGGAUACAGGAAGCAUCUGACCUCGCAGUCGGCUCCCCUGCCCCUCACUGCUGCAGAGGAGGAACUGAGGCAGAUCAAACUAAAUGAGGUGCAGACGGACAUCAGCGUGGACACCAAGCAGCAGACUCUGCAGGGAGUGGCCUUCCCUCUUCACAAAGACGCCGUUGCAGCGCUCGAACGUUACAGGGAUAAAAAACUCAACUACGUGCAACUGCAAGUAGACUUCGAACAGGAGCUGAUUCGCUUGUGCAGCACUGAGCCAACAGAGGUGAAGGACCUGCCACUGAGAAUCCCUAAAGAUUCUGCGCGUUACCACUUCUUCCUCUACAAACAUUCCCACGAAGGCGACUACUUGGAGUCCACAGUCUUCAUUUAUUCUAUGCCGGGGUACAGCUGUAGCAUCCGAGAGAGGAUGCUGUAUUCCAGCUGCAAAAAUCCUCUUGUCGACAUGGUGGAAAACAAUCUCCGAAUUGAGAUUGAGAAAAAGUUGGAGAUCGACAAUGGGGACGAACUGACCAGCGACUUCCUGUACGAAGAGGUGCAUCCCAAGCAGUAUGCACACAAGCAGGCCUUCGCCAAACCCCGAGGCCCCGCCGGCACGAAGGGCGGCCGCCGCAUCACUCGACCACCCGCGGGGAGAGAGGAGGAAGAUUAAACAGACCUCAGCACACCGGCCACCACCUCCACCUCGAGCACGUUCCACAGUGGAACAUUCCUUCGAUGGGGGGGGGGGGGGGAUUCAUAUUUGACACGCUUGUUUAAAAGAAAUAAAAUGACAACUUCAAAAUUCCCGCAAAGUUCACCAGAGACACAACUAUGCACGCCAAGGACAACUGAGCAAUGACACACUUCAGAGUUUCCAUUUGUAGCUUGCCAAAUGGAAGCGAAAUUUAUGUAUGUUAGUGCAGUCACCAGGAAGAGUAUACAAUGAUUCAAAGGGGCCCAAACGAAGUCAAGCUUGAGGUUUUACGUUGUUGCCAGCUUUGAGACUUUAAAACAAAAUGUCAGUGCGACUAAUGUGAACUUGCGUCAAUACGAUGAAAUUCCCCCACUUUUAGUUCACGAGCUAACUUGCAUUCCUUAAGUCUGUGUCAAUUAAUGUUUUAUUUGUUUCUAAUGUGUUGAACAUUUGUCUCCUACUGUUUGCACAACAAGGUGCUCCAAAGCAGAAAAUAUAUAAUGAUCCCAUUUGUGUUGAUUGAUUAAUUUUAACAGUGCAUUUUAUAUUGGAAAAUUGACUUCUUUUUUGAUAUAACUGUGGUUUACAUGAAAAUCAUCUGCUGAGAAACUUAUUUUUCUAUGCAAGUGCUGUAAAUGUACAUAUUGUAGCUGUGUGAUGCUCUAUGAUUAAGAAACAGUCUGGUCUGUUCUGGUGACUGUCAGUGUCAGUGAGGAUCACAGUGGAAAGGACAGGGGCUUCCAGAAAUAUUACGUCAAUACAUCUCAUAUUUCACCGAGAGGAAGCGACUCAAACUUUGCUGGUUCCCACACAAGAGGGAAGCCAAGUAACCAGAUAGGAAAGGGAAUACUCUGAAUACCUUGAUCAAAAAUGUUGCCACAUCCACUGAUCUACUGAUUAACAUUAGGCAAACUACUAAGCUCACCUCAUGUUCGAAGGGAAAAUCCCUUUACAUUCAUACCGUGUCAUUAUGGAGGAAAAAAAAAAAAAAUCAUGUUCGGUCUUAUUUGUUUUCUUACAAAUCUUUCUUUUAAAGGAGAAAAAUAAAAAAAAUAUUUAAAUCAUA